AUGCCUCUCACCCACUUCCAGCUCGACACGGUCCUCGUCGUCUGCUCGACGAUCGCCGUCUGUGCACUCGAGGACCCGGUCGCGCUCGUCAAGGAGGGCCUUGCGCGGCUCGCCGAGUUUCCAAACCACUACGAGACGCAGUACGACUUUGUUGAGCACCCGCUCAACGGGACGCUCGCG